AUGCAUCUUUUUUUAUGUAUGACAUUGUUUUUACUGACAGGACAAGCCAGAUUUCGACAAGCAGUGGUUACGGCUGUAGCAACAACAGUGGAGAAAGUUUCCAAUGAAUUAGUCAAGUCUCAAAUGAAAAAUGGCCGCUUCAUUAAUUCAUUCAAUCCUAAGUUUAAAUUGCCCCAUCUAGGGCAUGUUUUAAGUUGGAAGAUCACUUCACCGAAAAACACGCGGUUGCCGUCCAGUAAACAAGAACUUGAUAGAAUUCUACCUAUUAUUCGAUACCAAAGACCCGAAGAACUAUACUUAACAACAUCUGGUUUACGAUUUAUCUGGAUUGGGCACGCUUCAUGUUUUGUUCAAAUGAAUAAUUUUCGAUUUCUUGUUGAUCCAAUUUUCAGUGAACGAUGUGGUAUAGCAUCAUUUAUCGGACCGAAACGCUUUCGCCCACCGGCAUUAACAGUAAAUGAUCUACCUCAUGAUCUCGAUGCUAUACUUAUUUCACAUAAUCAUUUUGAUCAUCUCGAUUAUCCUAGUGUAAAAAGUUUAAAUAAACGUUAUGGUGAACAAUUAACAUGGUUCUGUGGUCGAGGUACUCGACAAUGGUUUCUUGAUAGUGGCAUAAAAAAUGUUAUCGAGCUCGAUUGGUGGGAACAGUUCCAAUACGCUAAAAAAGAUGUGAAAAUUGCUUUUUGUCCAGCUCAACACUGGAGUCGCCGCACAGCAUUCGAUACGAACAAAUCGCUAUGGGGUGGCUACGCUGUAUGGGAUAGUACACACAGAUUUUACUUUGCUGGUGAUACAGGCUAUACUCAUGAUAUUCCAAUUUUUAAGCAAAUUGGUGACAAAUAUGGUCCAUUUAACUUAAGUGCUAUACCUAUCGGUGCUUAUGAACCAAGAUGGAUGAUGCAAGCUCAACAUGUGUCACCAGAUGAGGCUGUUCAAAUGCAUAUUGAUGUUCAGUCACAAAAAUCGAUCGGCAUUCACUGGGGUACAUGGGCAAUGGCCAAUGAAUAUUUUAUGGAACCACCUGAGAAACUCUCUCAAGCCGUUCAAUUCAAUCAACUCGACCCAUCAUCAUUCAUUGUAGUUCGACAUGGUGAAAUUUUUGACUUACCAUAA